AUGGACGAAAUAACAUUACCUGCAAUUCAGAGGUUGGAACUGACAUCCAUUAUUCGUAGGCUGGAAGCUGCCACCUCCAGACUCGAGGACAUUGCAACGUCUACCAUUGAGGUUCCCAAGACCAAUGGCUCUGCUCCCCCCACGCCUGCUCCGACAGGACCUCUUCCUCGAGCUCCUGUCCCGGCCGCUCUAGUUCCAGAAUCCGAGAUCCAAUUUACACCGGUGUUACCACAAUGUGUCGAGGAAUUCGAUUCGUUCAUCAAUGGUCCCUUGGUAAAGUUCGUCAACAUCAGUGAUGAGUUGGGAGGACCAGUGGCCGAGCAGGCGUCAAGUGUAUUGCGGGCGUUUGCAGCACAGCGAAAAUUCAUCCUCAUAACCACGAAGGCAAAGAAGCCUGAUAUGAGUAGCCCGGUGUUUAUGGAGCUACUGAAGCCUCUGCAAGAAUCGAUUUCGGCCGUCAGCGAUAUUCGAGAUGCUAAUCGUGGUUCGCCCUUUUUCAAUCACCUCAGUACGGUCUCAGAGAGUAUCGGGGUGCUUGCUUGGGUAACAGUGGACACCAAGCCUCACAAACACGUCGAGGAGUCAUUAGGAUCCGCACAAUACUGGGGAAACCGGGUCUUGAAGGAAUACAAGGAGAAGGACCCAAAGCAAGUCGAAUGGGUAAAUUCCUACUACCUGGUCUUCAAAGAACUUGUAGACUACGUGAAAGACACCUUUCCUAUGGGAAUUCCAUGGAAUCCUAGGGGUGUCUCCGCCGAGGAGGCAAUGAAAUCAGAAGUGCCCCCCCCGCCUCAGCCACUGAAAUCAGCGGCCAGUCCUUCUCCACCACCUCCACCACCUCCUCCAGGACCACCACCACCACCUCUCAAGUUCGACGACGCCCCCAAACCGGCUCCAGCAAAGGAGGCCAGUGGUCUGGAUGCUGUAUUCUCAGAGUUGAACAAGGGUGAAGCUGUUACAAAGGGUCUCCGUAAAGUCAACCCUGAUCAGAUGACGCAUAAGAACCCAUCAUUACGAGCAGGAGCUACCGUACCUACUCGGAGUGAUAGCCAAUCUAGCGUCUCCUCGAUAUCUCGUGGGAAGAGCCCAGCACCAUCAAAGAAGCCGAAGCCAGAAGCGAUGCGGACGAAGAAGCCUCCCGUGAAGAAGCUCGAUGGAAACAAAUGGAUUAUUGAGAAUUUUGAUAACGAGGCGCAGCCAGUCGAGAUUGAAGCCUCGAUAUCACACUCCAUUCUCAUCAGUCGCUGUAGCAAAACCACCAUCAUGGUCAAAGGCAAAGCGAAUGCUAUCUCGAUCGAUAACUCGCCCCGUCUCUCUCUCGUCGUCGAGUCCCUGGUCUCCUCAAUCGACGUCAUCAAAUCCUCGAACUUUGCUCUUCAAGUACUAGGUACCCUGCCCACUAUCCUCAUGGACUCGGUAGAUGGCGCACAAGUCUAUCUCGGAAAGGACAGCAUGAACACGGAAGUAUUCUCUAGCAAAUGCUCCGGCAUCAACCUGAAUCUCCUCGAAGGCGAAGAUGGCGAUUAUAAGGAGGUUCCGAUACCUGAGCAGAUCCGCACGUAUAUUGGCAAGGAUGGCAAGAUAGUUACCGAGAUUGUUGAACAUGCUGGUUGA